AUGGAAAGAUGUUCUCCUAUCCUCAACACUGCCAAUGGAGUAGCUGUUGGUGAAGCAACCCUUCCAAUUUGGAGGGAACACUUCAAGACCUUGCUGAACCGGCUAGCACCGUCAGCUCCUGAACUCGAGCACGUUCAUAGGCCGACAUAUGUGGUUAACGAGGAACCUCCGACCGAGUUCGAGGAGGUUCUGCUCUGUAUUACAUCUGGGAUUCGUGAGAUGACAAAGAUCAUCCGUUCAAUACUGAUAGACGAAAGGAUACCUGACUCGUAG